GUGCGUGUUCCCACAGCCCGCGCCCAUUGGUCAGCACAGUGUACUGGCCGUGAAGAGCCCAAGGCGGAGACAAGAGAGCGGAAUUUCUGGGCACGUCUUAUAGACUUGGCGGAACCUGUCCAUAAGCGUGGACAUGGUCGCAAGACGGAAUUCAAAUGGCCAACAUCCACGAAACCCGCAGUUCUGCCGUAGCCAGGCGCUCGGCGCUCGGACUCAUCUUCUGGGCGCAUCUUGUCAUUCUCCAUUUGGCAUCGAGUCUGCUCCCUGCAUCGCCAUGUGCUCUACAUAGACACUGAUCAUAUAAGAUUGAUCAUGUUCCCAGCACCAUGGAACUCAUCAACCACAGUUUCACGACUACGCAUUCAAGAUGGCGUCUCUCGUGACUGCCAAUUAUGACUGGAUUCUCGCAAUCACUACCAUUGCCUUUGUCUUCUCCGCCUUUGGUAAUGGUGCCAACGAUGUUGCCAAUGCCUAUGCCACCUCUGUUGCAGCGCGGACCUUGACAAUGGCCCAAGUCGGGCCACUGGCCUUUGUCACAGAGUUUGUCGGUGCUGUUGCGCUCGGAGAUCGUGUCACCUCGACCAUCAAGAACGGUAUCAUCGACAUUGGCCGCUUUACAGAGAGUCCGGGUGCGCUCAUGCUGGCCAUGGGCUGUGCUGAGGUCGGCAGUGCUUGGUGGCUCAUGUAUGCUACCAAGAUGGGCAUGCCUGUCUCCACCACCCAAACUGUUGUCGGCGCGCUCAUUGGAGUGGGCUUUGCCAGUCGAGCCAGCAUCAAGUGGGCCUGGGAGAAAGGCUCAGUAUCCCAAGUUGCCGCUUCUUGGGCCAUUGCACCCUUGAUCGCUGGCGCCCUCUCGGCCAUCGUUUUCGGUACGGUCAAGUACACGGUUCUUGAAACAAAGGACCCCUUCAAGAAUGCCAUGCGCUUGAUCCCCGUCUACUUCGCCAUGACGGGAGCCAUCCUUGCCCUCUUCAUUGUUGUCGAAGCCCCUACUGCACCAUCGCUCGAGGAAUUCGGUGCUGGGAAAGCGACGGGUAUUGUUCUUGGUGUCUUUUUUGGAUGCUUGAUCAUCUGCUACAUCUUCUUCAUGCCUUUCUUUAAGCGCAAAUUGAUCAUGAAGGACCCUCGUGUCCGCAUCUGGCACGUUGUUCUCGGACCCUUGUUGCUCAAGGAGAACACUACCCUCUUCUGGCCUGGCAAGGGCGACGAAUACGUUACCGAUUACUACGCCGAUGCCUAUGGUCAGGUUCCUGGGGGACCCCAACACAACAAGCAAACUGCCACCGAGGCCACCCAAGACGACAGCAUCAACAAGGUCAACAGCAGCUCCCCAUCUGCUUCGAUGAAGCACGGUAACGAAGGCGCCCUGCCAAGUGACCCAGAGAAGUCACGCGUAGAAGAGACAUCUGGUGCCUCUCAAUCCCCAGUCAAGAAGCAUGUGGAGCCUUAUGAGCGUUUCAUUCUUCCCGUUGAAUCCCUUUCUUGGUUUCAUCCCCAGAAGUGGUGGGGCUACACGAAGUGGGUCUUGCUCCAGGGUGUCACUCGCGAUGUCGUUACGCACGACAACGAUCUCCUUCGCGCCAUUCACUCCAAGGCCAAACGUUAUGAUGUUCGCGUUGAGCACCUUUGGACCUACUGCCAAGUCGUCUCCGCCAUGAUGAUGUCGAUUGCUCACGGUUCCAACGACGUGGCCAACGCCGUCGGUCCAUGGGCCGCCGUAUACCAUACCUAUCUACAAGGCGAGGUCUCAACCAAGGCACCUACUCCUGUCUGGUUCCUGGUCGUUGCAGGGUUGCUGCUUGGCCUGGGAUUUUGGGUUUACGGGUACCACAUAGUUCGUGCCCUUGGCAACAAAAUUACGCAAAUGUCGCCUACUCGCGGCUACUCUGUUGAGCUGGGCGCUGCCAUUACCGUCUUGCUCGCCUCUAGGCUUGGAUUACCGGUAUCAACCACACAGUGCUUGACUGGUUCGGCAGUGGGUGUUGCCUUGAUGAACUACGACGUCGGUGCCGUAAACUGGCGUCAAAUUGCCUUUAUCUUUUCCGGAUGGGUCCUUACUCUUCCGGCUGCUGGUCUUGUAUCUGGGCUCCUUUGCGUCAUGGCACUCAACACUCCCCAUUUCUAG